GAAGCUACCAGUGGAGGGAGAAGAGGAAGCAAAAUCAAAGGCUAAAAAGAGCAGAAGUUUGUGUUUGGAUUAUCCUUGUUGAAAAUAAGCCAGCUGUUUUUUUUUCAGUCUGAGUGGAUUUUAAACAUACUUUGGAUACUUUUACAGAUAGUUUGUACGUACCUUUUGGCUUGACAAAGGUGUGAGUGAGAGAAGUGGAACAGUCAGAGUAAAGGGAGGAGUUGCAGGGCUCUCCAUGUAAGGACUCACACUCUGUUCAUAUGGUAAACAGAGGGUCACAUGGGGCAAUAGUCUUGGAGCAGUGGGGGGAAAAGGGAGGGAAAGGAACAAGGAGAGAGACACUGCAGGACUUUGGCCUAACUCAUGCUCAGGAGGCGGCACCUUCACCCUGAGUUUAGAGGACACUGCAUUCCACAACAACAAGAAAUAAGACACAAGAUUCAGCAGGAGAGCCAUGUGGAGGUGAAACUUAAAGCUCCAACUGCCACACCGAGGCCUUGAUUUGACUUUGCUGAAAGUUCAGCAGCUAGUGCCCUCUUGCUUGUUGUCACUGGACACUCACUUCUUACUUUCUUGCUGACAACUGAAGAGCCAAGAUGCCCACCAACUUCACCGUAGUGCCUGUGGAGGAUGCAGAAGGCAGCAGUAACAGCGCGGCUGCAGCUGGAAGCAGCAAACCAGCCAGUUUGGGCAAAAUUUUCAGGGAAGAAGAUGAUGAGGAAAACUUGCAAGGAUCUAACUCAGGAGAUGACAGCCAGAGAGAGUCCAGUCCAUUCAUCAACUCAGAUGAUGAAAGAGAGCGCUAUUAUGAAGGCAAAAACAUGGCCCUGUUUGAGGAGGAAAUGGACAGUGCGCCCAUGGUAUCCUCUCUUCUCAACAAGCUGGCCAACUACACCAACCUGACCCAGGGUGUCCGUGAGCAUGAGGAGGCUGAAAAUGAGGACGGGGUCAGAAGGGUCACUGUCAUGGUCCCCCAAAUGGGCACCUUCAUUGGAGUUUACCUGCCCUGCAUGCAGAACAUCCUCGGUGUCAUUCUCUUUCUGCGUCUCACCUGGAUCGUUGGCACAGCAGGAAUCCUGGGUUCCUUCGCCAUCGUCUCCAUGUGCUGCAUCUGUACCCUGCUCACAGCCAUUUCAAUGAGCGCCAUAGCAACCAACGGAGUUGUCCCAGCCGGUGGCUCGUACUACAUGAUCUCCAGAUCACUGGGUCCAGAGUUUGGAGGAGCAGUGGGUCUCUGUUUCUACCUUGGCACCACCUUCGCUGGAUCCAUGUACAUAUUGGGCACCAUCGAGAUUCUGCUGACGUACAUCGUUCCAACAGCAACAGUGUUUAAAGAAGGCGAAAGUGCAGCAAUGGCCAACAACAUGCGUGUCUAUGGCACAUGCUGCCUGCUCCUCAUGGCUCUGGUAGUGUUUGUAGGGGUGAAGUAUGUGAACAAACUGGCUCUGGUAUUUCUGGCCUGUGUGGUUCUCUCCAUCAUGGCCACUUAUGCAGGAGUCAUCAAGACAGUCAUCGAACCACCAGAAUUCAACGUCUGCCUGUUGGGAAACCGCUCUCUGAAGAACGAACUGUUUGACACAUGCGCAAAGACGGAGGUCGUGAAAAACAAGACCAUCAUCACGGAGCUUUCGGGCCUCUUCUGUAACAGUAAAUACCCCAACGCAACCUGUGAUGAAUACUUCAAUUUAAACAACUUGACGGAGAUACAGGCCAUACCUGGGCUCCUGAGCGGAGUCAUCAAAGACAACCUGUGGGGCGACUAUGGUCCAGCUGAUACAUUCAUAGAGAAGAAGAGCCAGCCUUCAGUCGAAGCCCAGGACGUGUCCAAUGACAUGAAUCGGCCCUACGUCUUCAAUGACAUCACCACCUACUUCACUCUGCUGGUGGGAAUAUACUUCCCCUCUGUCACAGGUAUAAUGGCUGGUUCUAACAGGUCUGGUGAUCUCAGAGAUGCCCAAAGGUCCAUCCCAAUAGGAACCAUCAUGGCCAUUCUCACCACCUCUUUCAUCUACAUCUCCUGCGUGGUUUUGUUCGGAGCUUGUAUAGAAGGAGUGGUGCUGAGAGACAAGUUUGGACUCUCAGUAAAGAAGAAUCCAGUGAUUGGUAUUCUGGCCUGGCCGUCUCCCUGGGUGAUUGUGAUUGGCUCCUUUUUCUCCUGCUGUGGGGCGGGGCUUCAGAGCCUCACUGGCGCCCCCCGCCUGUUGCAGGCCAUCGCUCGGGAUGGCAUCAUCCCCUUCUUACAGGUCUUUGGUCAUGGUAAAGCUAAUGGUGAGCCCACGUGGGCUCUGCUGCUGACAGUUGGGAUCUGUGAGAUAGGAAUCCUCAUUGCUUCUCUGGAUGCUGUGGCCCCCAUCCUCUCCAUGUUUUUCCUCAUGUGCUAUCUGUUUGUGAACCUGGCCUGUGCCGUUCAGACUUUGCUCCGCACCCCCAACUGGAGACCUCGCUUCAAGUUCUAUCACUGGACACUGUCCUUCUUAGGAAUGAGUCUGUGUCUCUCUCUCAUGUUCAUCUCCUCCUGGUACUAUGCUCUGGUUGCCAUAGUGAUAGCCGGCUGUAUCUACAAGUACAUUGAGUACAGAGGGGCAGUGAAGGAAUGGGGAGACGGGAUCAGAGGUCUGUCCUUAAACGCAGCACGCUAUGCUCUCGUGCGGCUGGAGGAAGCACCACUACACACCAAAAACUGGAGGCCUCAGCUGUUGGUGUUGUGUAAGCUGGACUCUGACCUGGCGGUAAGACACCCUCGUCUCCUGUCCUUCACUACGCAGCUGAAAGCAGGAAAGGGACUGACCAUCGUCUGCUCGGUCCUCGAGGGAACCUUCAUGAACCGAGGCAAUGAUGCAAAGUCUGGAGAGCAGAAUUUGAAAGCAGCCAUGUCUGCAGAGAAGAUGAAGGGUUUUUCUCAUGUGGUGGUGUCGUCCAACCUGCGAGACGGCUUCUCCCUGCUCAUCCAGUCUGCGGGACUGGGAGGGAUGAAACACAAUGCUGUCCUGAUGGCCUGGCCAACCGGCUGGGAGCAAGCCCGCGACCCCUCCUCCAGGAGGAACUUCAUAGAGACGGUGAGAGAGACGACGGCAGCUCAUCAGGCUCUGCUGGUCGCUAAGAACAUCGACCAUUUCCCCAGUAACCAGGAGCGUCUGAAGGAGGGAACCAUCGAUGUGUGGUGGAUCGUACAUGAUGGUGGACUGCUCAUGCUGCUGCCAUUUUUACUGAGUCAACACAAGGUAUGGAGGAAAUGUAAAAUGCGAAUCUUCACCGUGGCCCAAAUGGAUGACAACUCCAUCCAGAUGAAGAAAGACCUGCAGAUGUUUCUCUAUCAUCUACGGCUGGAUGCAGAGGUGGAGGUGGUGGAGAUGCAUGAUAGCGACAUCUCAGCCUUCACCUAUGAGAAGACGCUGAUGAUGGAGCAGAGGUCGGACAUGCUCAAACAGAUGCAGCUGUCUCGCACCGAGAGGGAGAGAGAGAUUCAGAGCAUCACAGACGUGUCACGCGGCUCCAUAAAGAGGAAGAAGACAUCAUGUUUCCCUUCACUCUACACCCUGAGCAUACCAGAAGAUGAGGCCCAGCUAAUCCACGACCGGAACACAGCGUCUCAUUCUGCGAAUGACAAAGCUGCAGGUGCCACACCAGAUCGUGUCCACAUGACCUGGACAAAAGACAAACUGAUCAAUGAGAGGAACAGACACAGAGAAACCAUGGGAGUAAAAGACAUGUUUAAUAUGAAACCUGAAUGGGAGAAUCUCAACCAGUCCAACGUGCGGAGGAUGCACACAGCUGUGAAGCUGAAUGAGGUGGUGGUCAAGAAUUCUCAGGAUUCACAGCUGGUGCUGCUCAACAUGCCGGGCCCACCAAAGAGCAGGAAAGGGGAUGAGAACUACAUGGAGUUCCUUGAAGUCCUCAUGGAUGGUCUCGACCGUGUGUUGUUGGUUCGUGGAGGAGGUCGGGAGGUCAUUACCAUCUACUCCUAGCACCAAAAAGUUCCUAGUUGUUUGGAAGGGCACUGGAUAGAUACACUGUUGGACAGUAGGACCCAAGAGGACAAUGGGACAUGGAUAAAGAUGUUGGAAAGAGGAAGUACAGUACUCUCACACUGUCAUUCAAGAAAAGAAGGACCAUGGUCACGAGGAAAGACAGGGGAGUCUACCUGCAGCCCGGCUUGACCACAGUGCAACGUUUGGGGCACAGAAGGUCUCUACACCCCCUCCUUCUCUUCCUGGGACUCCUUAACUCCAGCAAAUCUAAACACUUCAAAAUGAAAACUGUUUGGCUGAACGGCUGAGAGGUUAUUUUCUCAGUUUAACUGUUUUCUGAAAGAGCUUUCAUUUCAAUGUCAUAUUGUGUCACCAGGCACUUGUUAGAGGAAGAACACAAACUAUAGCUCGUUGUCAUUUUUAGCAUUUCACUGAUUGUGGUAGCUGGAAACUUGCUCGCUGGUUUCAAUGAGGGAUGCUAUCAUAGCGAACAUAGCACCUUUGAUGAAACUUUUGUUUCUUUGAUAAUUGACAAGCACUGACUCUGGAUCAUGGGAUGAUGUUUUUGUACAGAAUAUCAUGUUUCCCUCGCAUAACUGCCUUCUGUCAGAAGUUAAAGCCAAACUCCCAUUGAUUACAAUCAGGACUGUUAAAGGGCAAAUGUGGCAGUAUUGGUUGUAACUGUUUUUGUUGUCACCAAAAACAUUAGUGUGAUACAAAAGGAAGAGAUAGCGAAAAUGCAACAAAGAGAAUGCAACUUUUACGAUUUUAGCAUUUUAGUACAUUUUAAAUAUUGAUGUAUUUGUUUGUAUCGGAGCAAACUGUUAAGGUGCACAUGUGACUAUAAAGUAGUGUUUUCAUUUAGUAUUUCUAUUAAUUCUAUAAUUUUAACACUAUUUUAGUUAAGCAGUGUGUCAUGUGUUAGUUCAACAAAAAAAGACACACUAAUUAAACAAGCCAAAAAAGUU